ACAUUGAUUACAAGUUGCCAGCUUGUGAAUUGUGUGAAUUUCAAACUAUAUACCAACAACUAUAUAAAUAUUUAUGUACUCUUAUAAUCUCAAUUUAAUAAAAAACAUAACAUUACUCGGAUAUUACUAUAUACACGCCAUAAUAUAUAAGGUAAUAUUUUUGAUUAAAUUGAGAUUUUAAGAGUACGUUACGUACGUACGUUAAAUAUUUUUGGUUCUUUGGGGGAAUAUCUGAAUGCUUUGCAACCUUGCGUUUUGUUUGUUUCAUUUUUUCAAAUUGAACAAUGACAAUUCGUAAAAGUAGUGAUGACCGAUUAGUGUUAAUAGGUUUUAUCAAUUACGAGCAACAAGAUGUACUUAUUUAAUGAAAACAAUUCCUAAGACUAAAUGGCCUUAUACAAAUUGUUUAGCCACAGUGUGGAGAUCCAAUACAAAAGCUAUUUCUUAUCGAAAGCAACACUUUUCACAGUUUUAAUUGCCGUAAUCAAUUUAAUUUUGCCAUUUAUUAUUGCAUUCAACAGUAAAGGAUUCUGGUUACAAUCACACUAUUUUUAUGAACAACCAUUGAUAAGAUCUACAUACGAUUAUUUGCUAAUAGCAGAGACUGAUGAUCCUAGUAUCAAUAUUAUAUGUGGGGAAGUGGCUGCUAUUAAUAGUGAAACAAUAGAACAUGAAGAAAACUGUGUGGAAACUCAAAUAUGGGAGCAUGAUUUUAAUAAGGAUGGAACAAAUGACAUUAUAGAGUUUAAAUUUCACCUCAUCAUUCCGAAGCAGAGAACUAUAACUUAUAUAAUUUUAAUCUUAGGCAUUGAUUUACAAAUAAAGACUACAUGCCCUCUGCAAAUGCAAAGUCUAGCAGUUAUAAAUAAGGAAUUUGGUGUACAUCCAAAUGGACUCAAAUAUUAUGGUGACAUUCAAAUUUAUCAAAGUGUUCAUCUUCCUUGUGUUCAAAACAUAAUAGAUACCAAAUAUAAUUCUUCCAUUUUUACCCAAAAAAAAGAUAAUAAAAACAUUGUGGACUCUAUUUUGGAGGAAUACCUAAGUAGAGAAGUAAUCACCACUGUCACUCCAAUUUUUUCAAGAAAUCAUAAUGGACUUACUGGUACAAUGGAUCUAAAUAUUGUUUUAAAGAUUUCUGAAAUGCGAAUAAGAUAUUUACCAAGUCUUUUACAAGAAUUGAAAUGGGCAUGGCCUCAAUAUCUUUCACUUCUUUUAAUAUUUUACUACAUAUUUAACAGAUUAAAAAGAUUUGUUUUUAAUAAGAGACUCUUGAUGGCCUGGAAAAUAGUGCCGUGGACUAAAAAAGACUAGAUAUCAAUAAUUUAAAAUAAUUAUUUUUACACUACAUAUAUAUAUGUAUUAGGAAAAAGAAGUAUUGUCUAUGUAUUUUAAGUUUUUAAUUGUCAGCUCUAAUAACACUGGAUA